AUGAUACGCCGACAAGCCCGCGAACGCCGCGACUACCUCUACCGUCGCGCCCUCACCCUCCGCGAUGCCGAAAUCGCCCAGAAGCGCGCAAAACUGCGCGCCUCUCUCGCCUCGGGCAAACCCCUCGACGCCUCCAUCGCAAACGACAAGACCCUCCGCGCCGACUACAAGUACGACGAAUCCCGCGCCGACCGCACCACCGAAGACGAGUUGGCCCUCGACGACGAAUACAGCACCCUAAGCGGAAUCCGGGACCCCAGUCCCCUCGUCACAACCUCGCGGGACCCAUCCUCACGCCUCGCGGCUUUCGCCAAGGAGAUAGACUUGCUGUUCCCAACCGGCAUCCGCAUAAACCGCGGCAACUACGUGCUGCCGAACCUCGUGCAGACCUGUGCCGCCAACAACCGCAGCGACAUCAUCCUGCUGGCCGAGCACCGCGGAACGCCUACCUCGAUGGUGAUAUCGCACCUGCCUCACGGCCCGACGGCGAAAUUCAGCCUUCACAACGUCGUCCUGCGCCACGACAUCCCCAACGCCGCGCGCGGCACCGUCAGCGAGUCGUACCCGCACCUCAUCUUCGAGAACUUCAACUCCCGGCUCGGAAAGCGGGUGGUGCAGAUCCUGAAGCACCUCUGGCCGCCACGGGAGGGGCCGCAGAAGGUCGGGAGCCGGGUUGUCACGUUUUUGAACAUCGACGACAGCAUCGAGGUGCGGCAUCACGUGUUUGUGAAGACGGGGUUCCAGAGCGUCGAGUUGGCUGAGGUCGGACCCAGGAUGACGAUGCGGCUGUUUGAAAUCAGUAAUGGGACGCUGGAGAAUAAGGAUGCGGAUACGGAGUGGCAUCUCAGUCAGUAUACAAGGACGGGGCGGAAGAAGGAAUAUUUGUAG